AUGAUAAUCUUAGCUUUAAUUAGAAAAUUUGGCGCAUUAUUUUCUACCAUUCCUGAUCCUGUGAUUGGUAGAAUCUUCUGCUGUAUGUUUGGUUUAAUAACAGCAGUGGGAAUCUCUAACUUGCAAUUUGUUAAUCUCAAUUCUGUUCGAAAUCUCUUCAUUAUUGGUUUUGCUAUCAUUAUGGGAUUGGUUAUUCCUGAUUAUCUCGGAAAGAAUGAAGGAGUCAUUGACACUGGUAAUCUAUCUAAUACUGAGCCUAAGAUAUUAGGAAUUUUACAAUAAUCGAGUUUUCUGAACUGAUCAAUAAAAGGAAAUCCUAAAGGGACUGAACGAAGUCUGUCCUAGUUUGUCCAGACGGAUAAUCCGUCUUGUCAAACGCGUACUACAGUGUAUGCUUCGAAUAAGGAAAAAGCACGAGAAUAUCACUUAUAUGUUAUUAUUUACUUUCAAUGUGUUUUUAUAUAGGUGUUGAUGAAUUAGACCAAAUAUUUACGGUGCUGUUGAAGACCAGUAUGGCUGUUGGUGGAAUAAUUGCUUGCCUCCUUGACAACCUCAUUCCCGGAACACAAGAAGAAAGAGGAAUUAAGAAAUGGCGUAAUCUUGCUACUGGUCAAGCUGUAAAGAAUGUUGCUUCUGCUCAUGUUUAUGACCUACCAUUUGGUGUUGGAAAUAAAUGGAAAUUUUCUAAAUUUGUUCCAUUUCUACCUUACUAUGACGAACCUGUAGAAAACAUGGAAACUGCAGGGAAUGCUAUGGUUAACAUGGCGGCAGAUACACCAAGUGGAAACAUCUCAGAAGAUAAUCUCUGAUCAUUAUGACCACACUACAGUGUUAUGUACUUUUAUUUUUUAACAGUGCUUCAAUUUCUUUUUUUCAGUUUUUUUGUUAGAUUGUCAAUCUCACAUUGACACUAACAGCAAGGUAUUUGUUUUGGUCCCUUGUAAAUCUCAAUGUAAAACAAUAGACUUAUACAUACUAUCAAGAGGAUUUCUGUAUUGGUACGGUAGACAAACUAUAAAAAACACUUAUUAAACGACAGGACGAUCUGUAUGAAAGUUACUACUAAUUAAGGGCAAGUAGCAGCCUAUACCUAGGGCCUUCUAUUUAUAUUUCAGCGCUUUUCACGUGAGAAGACUGGAAUAUAGCAAUUGGGGGGCGGUUUGAAGUCGCUUGACCUGUAAAUCAAGUGCUACUCGCCGAGUAGAAGUCCCCUAGCACAGGGUAAUUAUGUACAGAGGUCUCACUUCUGCGAAAAACCCGUAAGGUAGUUUUUACUGCCCAUAUCUGGCGGCCAUGUUCUUAGCAAGUGCCCUAAAGAGAGGCAUUCACUCAUAGGCGUACCGGGCGGGGGGGGGGGGGGGGGGGGGGGGGGGGGGGCGGUAGCCCCCCAGUUUUUUGGGCAGUCGGGCAAUAUUCGAUCAACAGUCG